UAAAAACACCGCAGUGCCGUCUGGGUAAAAUAUGGUAUGUGUUUUGAGCAAAGAAUGCACAAGUCGCCAUGGACAUAUGAGCUUCAAAAUACUAUGUAUGUAGCGUAAUUUUAAUCCACAAGUGACUGUGUGCUGUUAUCAUUCGCCUGUUUAAAUAGGAAACGCCAUAAACCGGGGACUUAAUCAUUUAUUGUCUCUGGUAUAUUUGCCAUUAAAAUAGGCUACGUUGCUAAUUUAGUUAGCUUCCAAAACGGAAACAAUUAACAGUUACACUUCAACUAAAACUGUUAUCGCACAGAUAAAUCAUCUUGUAGGAUGAAAUGACCGUGCCGUUAAUGUUGUAAUGCAUACUAUUACUAUUUAUAUUGCCUAUCGGGCUUGUUAAGUCAGGGAAAUUAUAGGCUCUCCUUUGUUUCCAAUCGCAACGCUAGAUUGAUUGAUCGGGAAGCAGCCGAAAAAAAUGGAUGAAAGUGUAGAAAAUGUUGAUAACGACGACAUUGUCAUUAUCGUGGAAAACGAGGCAGAAAGUUUGCCAGCCGAGGAAGAGAGGCUGAAACAGCAAGGUACCUUCGGGCUCAUGGACACUUGUCCUAUCUGCAAGUUGAGCUUCCACAACCGAGAGCCCAAACUCCUACCGUGUCUUCACUCUUUCUGCAAGAGGUGUCUCCCGGCCCCCUUCAGGAGUGCUGAUCCGAGGCGUGACUCACAAGGCCAAGUCGACCACAACAAAUCACUGGGUGCCAUUCGAUGUCCAGUAUGCAGACAGGAAUGCUGGGAGAUAGACAUGUUGGAUAAUUUCUUUGUCAAAGACUCUGCUGAGGUGCCGAGCAGCACCGUGGAGAAAACCAGCCAGGUGUGUAUGAGCUGCGAUGACAACACCGAGGCAACAGGUUACUGCGUGGAGUGUGUGGAGUUUCUGUGUGUGACAUGUAUUGAGGCGCACCAAAGAGUCAAGUUCACCAGGGAUCACACCAUACGCCAGAAGGAGGAGAUGUCUCCAGCAUUAGGUAUGUCCACACAGAAGCCUGUGUUUUGUGACAUCCACAAGCAGGAGCCACUGAAGCUGUUUUGUGAGACGUGUGACCGACUCACCUGUCGGGACUGUCAGCUGCUUAAGCACAAGGAUCACAACUACCAGUUUUUGGAGGAUGCAUACAGGAACCACAAACAGUAUCUGGAGAACAUGACGCAGCAGUUGCAAGAAAAAAGAAAGGCCAUUGAGGACAUGUCCAGCUGUAUCAGCACUGGACUCCAGCAAGUUGAAGAGAACCGGAAGGCUGUCACUAAUGAAAUAAAGAAGUCUAUCUGUAACUUGAUUAUGGAGAUCAACAGGAAAGGAAAGAUUCUGGUUAACCAGCUUGAGGCUCUGACUAAGGACCAUGAGCUGGGUUUAAAAAAGCAGCAAGAGGACGUCAACUGUCUGACCAGGCACCUGGACCAUGUCAUCAGCUUUACCAAAUGGGCUACAGCCAGCCAUAGUGGAACAGCCCUCCUGUACUGCAAGAGACUGAUCCUUUUUCAGAUCCAUUACCUGAUGAGAGCAAGCUGUAAUCCCUCCAUCGUCCCUCAGAGUUCUGUGCGCUUUCAGUGUCGCUCUGGUUUCUGGGCCACAAAUGUAGACCUUGGUUCUCUGGUUGUGGAAAGGGGUCCGGGCCGGCCGCCCAUCACCAACCACCAGGCCGGUCCCAGAGCAGAGGCACCCGCUGGAGCUCUUUCAGUUUCAGCUCAGCAGCGACAGAACACGCUGGCUCAGCUCCAGCUGCAGGUGGACAAGCUUUCCCAGCAGCCUCACAGGCAUCCUCCUCCUAACCAUUGGUCCUGGUACCAAAAUGUCAGGCUCCCUGGACCCCCAGGACCCCCAGGACCCACCGGCCCUCCAGGACCUCCCGGCCCUCCACCCGCAACUAGACCCAUCCACGGCGGGUCGUCCCCCUCCCAAGGCUUGGGACAGCCAGGACGCAGAUACGGGAGCUCCCACCCCAACACUAGAAGCCCCACAUCAUCCAUGCAUCACAACACAGGAUACCCAGCUGCUCAGUCUCUGAGAGAUCUGAUCCAAAGCUCUAGCUUCCCUCCUAAACCCAUGGAUGUGUUGCAGGGUACGUCUCGCUACCCACAGCCUCUGUCUGCCGGAGCAGCUACACAGAUGUCACUGCAUCAGCGGGGCCCAACGGAGUCCUCCUUCCUGAAGAGGAGUGAGACUGGUGGAUCUGUCCCCUCCAUCACCAUCUCUAUUCCCAAACCCAGCUUUGCUCCAAGUCUAGCUUCAGCACCUGCGGACAAAACAAGCACAUUUAAUCACAUAGCAGUUCAAGUAAGGCAGAAAUCCCCGAUGGCCAAACCAUCUUCUUCAGACAGAAGCACAGGGACGACGUCCUGGAGGCAGACUUCUGAACCUCCAUCUGCCCCCUCAGCCAAGCGACGGAGAAGGUCGUCCCCGGGGCCCGUCAUCGUCAUCAAAGACGAGCCAGAGGAUGAGGAUGAAGUUCGAUUUGUGCAGUCCAGCGUAGGGUCCAGCCUGCCGGACAGCAGCACCGGGGCUCAGUCAAAGCCUCGGCAGCAGCUAAAGGUGUCAGUGUCAGUCCCAGUCCCAGUCCCCGGAUCGGAGUCUGGGAAAGAGCAGCGUCCGCAGCCCGCAGCACAGCCAGAGUCCGAGAAGAGAGCGGAGCCGGAGGAAGAUCCUAACGAGGACUGGUGCGCCGUCUGUCAGAACGGAGGGGAGCUGCUCUGUUGCGACAAGUGUCCCAAAGUCUUUCAUCUGGCCUGCCACAUUCCCGCCCUCAAUGAGUCUCCCAGCGGGGCGUGGUUCUGUUCGCUCUGCCGAGACCUCGCCUCUCCUGAGAUGACGUACGACUGUGACGGCAAGGAUGACCCCAUCUCUGAAGGAUGCCCACCUCUUGAAAGAAGGAGGUGUGAGAGGCUGCUACUACGUCUGUUCUGCAAUGACUUCAGCACUGACUUCCAGCAGCCUGCUACUCCAUCAGAGACAAAAAGGUACAAAGAGCUGAUCAAGACUCCGAUGGAUCUCUCGAUAGUCAAGAAGAAACUGGAGUCCAAGUCGCAGGAAGGUGAAUGCUAUAGUAGCCCGGAUGAGUUUGUCGCAGACGUCCGCCUCAUAUUUUUCAACUGUGCAAAGUACUACAAGGCGACCUCAGAAGUGGGGAGUGCAGGCUUGUACUUGGAGGACUACUUUGAGGAACAGUUGAAACUAGUCUACCCAGAUAGGGUCUUCCCGGGAGGGAGGGAAGAGCAGAUGAUCCCUCCUUUGGAGGACGAGAUAGAUGAAGAGGAAGAGAUGAUGGACGAAGGCAUGGCUCCCAUUGAAGACGAUAAACCACAAAGCCCUGCGGAAAACGGAAUCCCGCCUGUGGAAGAGGACUUGCCGCCUCUGGAAGAAGCGGCAGUCCCGGCAGAGGAAGAAAAGUCGGAAACAGAGGAGAAGGUGAUUGAUACGAGUGAAAAGGCGGCGGAUGAAAAGGUUGCAGCCGUGGAAGGGGACUUGCCCCCCGCAGAGGAGGCAAAGCAGGACGAGGAGACUCCUGAGAAGGAGCUGGAAAGCUCCCCAGCUGCCGAUAGUGAAACAAAAGACAAAGUAGCCCCCAGCUCCCCAAAAGAGGAGAGCCCUCAGCUCCCUACAGACACGCCCGCGGAUCCAGCUGAAACCCAGGAGAAGGAGUCAGCUCCUGCAGACACAGCCAAAGAGGAGGAGGGAUAGAUGGAUUACAACAGAGAGAAACUGUAGAAAGGAUGGAUGAUUUCAGUUUUUCC